AUGAAAGAGGGCACUAUUGCAACAAAACCCGCGUGGAGUGUCAAGCCAUACACCCCUUCUCCCUCCUUGGGGAACCAACGUGGAGAUGGGAUCAAAGACAUCGGAAAAAUGCUCUCCGCACCAAUAAUCACAACAAGUGCAAAGAGCGCCAGGCCUCUACAACCUGCAAGAGAGAUGCCCCCGGAGUACGAUGUCAUCUACGUUACUCAAACUGAAAGAACCAUGCGCUUGCCACCGUUACGGCGCUUUCCAUUACCACCAAACUCCAUUGCAGGUGGACUUAUAACGGUGGGCGAGUUAAGAGCCAAAAUUAUUAAAAGUAUUGGAAUUCGCCCACCCACAGGAUUUGUUGUCAAAGAGCGUCAAAUUGACCUUCAAUCUGAAGGUAGCGCGCUUGAAGUUGAUUCCUUGACAUGCAAGUCCGUUGGAAUUGCAUCGGGUAGUGUUGUUACGUUUUCAGAUUUGGGGGAUAUUGCCUCCGAGGCUAGCAGCCCUCCUGUCACACAAGGCAUGAAAAGCAAGAUGCCUGAGAGUUCAAAGAUUACACCCAGGGCUCUAUCAUCGGCUGGUGAAAUAAGCAUGGCAGACUCAAGAAGAAAGAAUCAAGUUCGCCGAGGCCUAUAUGGAACAAGUCAUGAUGCCUCGCUAUGA